AUGGAGACUCGCUCGCCGAAGACGCGCAGGAAAGAGGAGGGGCUGCUGAACCCCGUGACGAGUGUCACCCUGCAAACAGGAAACGGCUCUGAUGCCUGGGGCUCCAUCGUCGGCCAGGACCCCGGCCGCAGGCCCUGCUGCUCUGCGGCCACAGGCAGAUGGUGGACGCCGAGGGACCGCCGCCCGUCAGCCCUGUCCACGCGCCGGCCGUUGGCUGUGACAGCGGAGAUGGACCUGCCCGGCAGCCCCGAGGGCAGCAGGCCUGGCGAGAGCGUGGCGGCCAGCCGGCGGGCGCUGGCGAGACAAGGACCCCCAGGACCGGGCUGUGGGGGCUCGACCUUGUGGCACAGUCGCUGCCACUGCCGCCCGCCUGCCCGGCAGUGCCGUCUCUCCCAGAGGAGCCCCGGCAGCAACCAGACCAACGGCGUCUCCCACAACCGCACGGCCAGCACCGGAGGCUCGUCAGAGGGGACGGCCCGGCCGUGUCCCAGAGACGCUGGAGAACGGGCUCAGCCCCAGGGGGGAUCGGCGGCGGCCGGCUCGCCCUCCGUGGCCUCGGACAGGGAGGCCUUCGCCGUGCUGGCGGCCUGUCCCCCGCCGGUGGCCGAGCCACAGGCACCCGGGACUGCGUCCCCCGCUUCCGAGAGACAGGGCCCUGUCGGCCCCCAGGAGCCCGUGCUGGCCAGAGGCCCCGGGGCCUGUGCUCGCGCGUCUCAGCGCCAGCAGCACCGGGGCCCCUCCGGCUGGUCUCGGCACCAGGCUCUUGGCAUCGACUCGCCAGAACCUCAGAAAGCCUCCUUCCCAGUGGCCAACAAUCCCCUGGCCCGAAUCGGGCGGGGCUGGCUGGAGGGCCGGCUGGAGGGCCGGCUGGAGGGCCGGCUGGAGGGCCGGCUGGAGGGCCGGCUGGAGGGCCGGCUGGAGGGCCGGCUGGAGGGCUGGCUGGAGGGCUGGCUGGAGGGCCGGGCGGCGUGGCCGGAGGCCGGCGGGACGACAACGGUGAGGACCACAGCCAUCGUGGGGCAGCCCCUGACACCCUCUGGCCAGGAGGCUGCGCCCUCCCAGGCUGCCCUGCAGGUGAGCAGCCGCAUGGGGCCGGGCCUGUGCUGGGAGCUGGACAGACGCACCUCCUGUGAGCAGCUGGACCGGCGUUUGGCCGAGGAGCUGUGGGUCCGGGAGGGGCAGGGGCACAACCGGGGAAUGUGGACGUCAUGGAGCUUCGCCCACAGGAGCACCCCGACCGCAGAGGGGGCCCCGGAAACCACCAGCCCAGUCACUGAGACCAAAACACCCCCGAGCGACAGUUCCCUCCUGGCUGGUGGCCGGGACCAGAGGCUGAAAUUUCAUCGGGUGCCGUGUGGACCAGACCCCCAGCCGCCCUGGUCCCCGCAGGUGAGCAGCCGCUGCAGCCACAGGUGCCUGAGGACCGGACAUGGCCUGGUGGGGAGCACGGAUGUGAUGUCGGCUCAGGAGCUUGUGGCCUGCCUCUGCCGGGAGGGGGACCAGCACCUGGCGCUGGGGGAGCCCCCACUGGCCACGGCCUUCUACCUGGCUGCCUUCAGCUGCCACGCCCCCUCCGCCGUGAGGAGCGUCCGCGCCGCCCUGGCCGAGGCCCGGGGGGCGCCCGUGGUGGCCACGCUGGAGGCCUGGUGCCGAGGGGAAAGCCAGAUCCCCGCCAUCCACUGGGACGGCAUGGCCGUGGUGUCCCUGACCGGGACCCUGGCCUGCGCCUUCCUGGCCACGCUGUGCCCGGACCACCCGGCCGCGGCGCUGCACUCGCUGGCCGGGCUGCUGGCCCGCGGGCGCCAUGGGGAGGUGGUGCGGCGCUGCGGGGCGCUGCUGGCCGCGCACUCACAGCAGGGCCUGGAGCUGCGGCUGACCCGCGCGCUGGCCCGCAUCCUGUCGGGGGCACAGGUGGACGCCGGCCUGGCCGACUACCUGCAGGCCUUCGCCUCCGCGGCCGACCGCACCGUGGCCUUCGUCCUCACCCACCAGCGGCCCUACCUCCCCGUGCUGGUCAGCGUCCUCCAGGCCCACGUCUCGGGGCGGCAGCAGGCCGCGGACAGCGCCGGCCAGCAGGAGGCCGACAGCCGGAGACUCCUGGCUGCCCUGGACCCCGGGGGCACCUGGAGCAACGCCCUCUCCCCCAAAGUUCUGCUCCACGGAGGCCGCUAUGAGGACUGCCGGGCAGCCUGCAGCCGCGCCCUGGAGGCCGACCCCACCGGCAGCAGAUCCCAAGGUGAGCGCCUGGCCGCCCUGCUGGUCACACGCGCGGCCGCCGCCUUCUUCCUGGACCGAGGCGCCCAGGACCUGCUCCGCGACCUGCACGAGGCCUUCCGCGAGAGCCCGGCGGGCGCGCGGAGGCAGUUCGAGGCCGUGCUCUCGGCGCGGGACCGGGAGCGGGUGCUGGCCCAGCUGCGGGAGGCCGCGGACGUGGGGUUCGCCCACUUCCAGGAGGCCGUGCGGAGCCGCCCGGAGCUCCGCGACGACUCGGACCGCGAGCUGCUGGCUCCGGUGGCGCGCGCUCUGCGCGUCCUGUUGCGCGUGGUGCCGCCCGGGGCGCGCCCGGCCCUGGGAGCCCGCCUGGCCGAGUGCCUGCUGCUGGCGGGGGACGCGGAGGGCGCCCGGGCCCUGUGCGAGCGCCUGCUGCGCCCCCGGGACCGCGCGGGCACACGCGCCGGGGAUCCUGCCGGGGACCGUGCCGGGUUCCGAGCGCCUCUGCUGGCGCUUCGCGGCUUCUGCGCGCUGCACGCGGGGGACGCGCCGGGCGCCCGGGAGGACUUCCAGGCGGUGGUGGCGCAGGGCCCGCCGCACCCCCGCGGCUGCGUGCGCGCCCUGUGCGGCCGCGGGCUGCUGCGCGUGCUGGCGGGGAGCGCGUUCCUGGGCGCGCUGGACUAUGUCACCGCCUGCCGCCUGCAGCCCGAGGAGGCCCUGCUCGUCGCCAAGGCCUUCGUGCCCUGGAACCAGCGCGGGCUGCUGCUGACGGUGCUGCGCGAGGAGGCCCGCAGGAUGCUCCAGCGGAGGCCCGACCCGGGACCCACGGGGCCCACGGGCGCGCGGGGCCGCCGGAGCCAGGCCGCGGAGACCGACGGCUCCGCCGAGCAGGACGGGGACGCCCAGGGCGUGUACCAGCUGGCCACGCUGCUGAUGGAGCUGGACACGGAAGACGAGGAGUCCCGCCUCCUGGCGGCCGACGCCCUGUACCGCCUGGGCCGCCUGGACGACGCCCACAAGGCGCUGCUGGUGGCGCUGUCCCGCCGGCCCCAGGCGGCCCCCGUGCUGGCGCGGCUGGCCCUGCUGCAGCUGCGGAGGGGCUUCUCCUACGAUGCCAACCAGCUGGUGAAGAAGGUGAUCCAGUCCGGGGACACGGCCUGCCUGCAGCCCACCCUGGACGCCUUCCGCCCGGAGGACCGGCAGCUGCUGCGGGGCCACUGCCACGCACGGGCCCUGGCCAUCCUGCGCGCGCAGCCGGGCGGCGCCGAGGGCGAGGCCCACACCAGGGAGGCCAUCGCCUACCUCUCUCUGGCCAUCUUUGCUGCAGGGGGCCAGGCCAGCGAGUCCCUGCUCACCCGCGCCCGAUGCUACGCGCUCCUGGGCCAGAGGAAGACCGCCCUGUUCGACUUCAACUCCGUGCUGCGGGCCGAGCCGGGGCACGUGCAGGCGCUGUGCGGGCGAGCGCUCCUGCACCUGGCCCUGGACCGGCAGCAGGAGGCCGUGGCCGACGUCCUCUCCGCGCUGAGGCUGGACCCGCGGGCGGCAGUCCCUGAGCUCCGCUCCCUGAAGCCGGAGGCCCAGGCCCUCAUCGCGCAGGGCCUGUGGUCCUGCUGCCGGGGCCUCCUGAGCCGGCGGCCGGGCUCUGGGGCCCCCCUCGGCGACAGCGACAUCCAGGGCCUCCUGGCCGCGGGGGAGGCGCUGAUCGAAAUGGACGCGGGGCAGCCGCGCGGGCACCUCCUCCUGGCCGACGUGCUCAUGGCCCUGGGCAGCUAUGAGGAGGCGGGCGCCCGCCUCCAGGAAGCCCUGCGCCCCACCCCGCCCUCAGAGGCUUCCCGGGCCCGGCGUGGCCUGCUCCGGCUCAAGAAGGGAGAUGUGCCGGCCGCGGCCCGAGACCUGCAGUGCCUGGCGGAGACGGACGCCGGUGACCUCGGCUUCCUGCUGAGCCUCCUGGAGGCCUCGGAGCGGCAGGUCCUGGCCCAGGCUGCAGCCCAGGAAGCCAGCACCCUCCUGACCUCGGGGCAGCCUAGGCAGGCGCUGGGCUACUGCUCGCUGGCCGUCCUGGCGGGUGGCGGCAGGGCCGGUCACCUGCGCCUGCGGGCCACCUGCCUGGCCGAGCUGCAGGAGUGCGGCCGGGCGCUGGGAGACCUGGACCUGGUGCUCCGGGAGCGCGCAGCGGACAGCGACCUCCCGGUGCGGGCGGAGGACCUGUGCUCCAGGGGCCGCCUGCUCCUGAGCCUGGGGGACGAGGCCGGGGCCGCAGGGGCCUUCGCCCAGGCCCUCACGCUGGCGCCCGCCCCGGCCCAGAGCAGCCUGCGGGAGCGGCCUGGCCGGGCCCCUGCCGCCCAGGUGCUGCUGGGCCACGGGCAGCGCUGCCUGGACGAGCAGCGGUACGAAGAGGCCUGGACGGCAGCCGAGAGCGGGCUCCUGGUGGACCCCGAGCACUGCGGCCUGAGGAGGCUGAAGGCGAGAAUCCGGAGGGAGGCAGCCUCGGGCUGCCGGCUCCACUGACCCGAACGGCCAGGCCCAGCCACGGGGCCACCCUGUCCUUCCCCCCAACCAGGGAGGUGCUGACCCCACCCUCCCAGCUCUGAGGUGGACGGGUCGGCAGAGAGAAGGGAGUUACGCUGGCCUGGAACCAGAGCCCCUCCCUGCAAUGGCGCCCUGGUCCCCAAGGCUGGACCCUGGCGGCCCUGGCCUGGGACCAGCAGGUGGACAGGAUGAAGGCCAGGCCAGGUGACCCUAAGGAGCUGGUGCAGCCCCUGCCUCGGCGUGAAGCAGCCUUUGACCCUGGCCUAAGCCCGAGACGAAACUCCCCGGCUGGGGCCUGCGGCUGAGCCCCAUCCUCAUCAAGUCAUUCUCCGGGGCAGCCCAGCGCCCAGGCCCACCACCCGCCAUGGCGACAGUGUGGCCCCUCCUCCCUGCCACUCUGAGCCGCCCGGAUGAGCCAAGGGCUGGCUGCUUGCUGGUCUGGCCGCUCCGGGGCCAGGAUGGAGCUUCCACUGUGGGUGAAACUCCCCUCCUGUUUCCUUGGAAACCCUCUCUCCUGGGGAGGCGAGGAGCCGGGCCCCCGAGACCCCGUGAAGUAGCCUCGUCCCAUCUGGGAAGCAGGGGCUGAAGGUGCAACAGCAACACACGGUCACAGUCAAGUUCGUGGGUGAGAGGGAGCCACACCCCGGCUCGGGGCGGGUUCCUGCAGAGGGUCUCAGCUCCCAGCGCCCCAGGCAGCGUCCGUCUGUCCAUCCGGGAAGUGCGACGUCUGGGAGAGACUCAGAGUCCCAGAUGGAGGUUGAACCCCAAGAAGUUACACAGCAACACAGAAGACGGGUGAAGUACGUCUUCCACUCGAGAAGUCAGGGAAAGAUCCUGAACAAACGCAGACAAAAGCAGGAAGUAGUAAAUGAGGAAUGGAAAUAGGAGGACUAAAUCGAAGAUGUGAUUAUUCAAAAAUGCAGUGAAAAAGAUGAGCCACCAGCAAACAAGAAGGAAAAGCAGAGACACGCGUCAUCCAGCUGCUGACAGGAUGCUCCCUGCCGGGGAAGGCGGCGCUCCCUGGGCCUGCGCUACCUGCGGGCGCCAUAGACGCGUCCCGUUGCGGCCCUUGUGGUUGUGCCGUCAGGAUGCAGCUCAGCAGGAGCCGCAGGGACUUUGAGGAACGAGAUUCGGUCCUCACGGGUCCUGGAAGCUGCAGGCACGUCGGGGCCGCACGGCGAGCUCGGGCGACCUGGACCCGUCCUAGGGAAAUACUGUGACUGACUGACCCCGGGGCAGACACAACUCACAGGACAAUCCGCGGCGGAAGGAGAAGGCGGGAAGGAGCCCCCCCCCCCCCCCCCCAGCAGGCCCAGGCCCAGACGGUGCCGGGGAGCGGACGGGCCAGUUCAUCCACCACCGUCCGGUCCAGAUUGCAUGCACCAAGCGAGCGGCUAGCGUCACUCGGGCAGUUGGCGUGAGCCAGCGCAGUCCACGCAGCGUCUCCGGCAGGUGCGCCCGUGUUGGUAGAGCCGGCCCCGCGUGGCACCCCCUCUGCCCGGGUCCGAUACCCUUGGACUCUUCCCACACAGAGUCCCCAGGGUUCUCAGUGGGACCUGGGAACUCCUGCAAUUUGGGGGUGCACAGGCUAUGUCCUCCUGGGUCAGCCUUUGCACUUGGCCCCGGCCCCCCACACGCUGCGAUCCAGCCCUACUUGUCGCAGGUGGGGGGCGGGACUUGAAUAGGAUGAGGCCCCCCUCCAGGCCCCGACCCCUGCAAGGUCCUCAUGGGGUUGGCGACGAGAAGAGGCUGGUCUCCUCGGACGCUGGAGGACAAGCUGCUUCCACUGGGAAGGGGGCUCCGCGGACUCGGGGGUUCAAGGUUCUCGGCUUCAUCUGAGCCGGACCAGGCGCCCCCUCCCCAGUGUCGGGGCCCCGUUCCUUCCCCAUCAGCCCCAACUUCACAAGCAACUUGGAGAGGAGUCUGCAUGAGCCAGCAUUGCCUCGGCGCGUGAGGAGCAAGCCUGGGCCGACUCGGCAGCGCCAGCCCUGAGCGCAGAGGGGGUUCCCGCGGGGCGCCUUUGCUCUCUGCUUGCUGUGCCUCCAGUGGGCGUCCCAGGACCCGAGUGGGUACGUCUCUCCCGUAAGUGCGUCCGGGAAACUCGGCCGCCCGGCACCAUCCUGGGCUGCCCUUGCACGGCUGACCUCGUGCGCGCGCCACGGACCCGCCUGCCAAGGACUUGAGGCCCCAGGACACAACCAAGCCC